AUGAGUUUCGUUUUCCGGGGAAGUAGAGGAGAUUUAGAAAGCGGUUUCUCGGGGUUUAUACCCGAGAGACGAACUAUGCGUGUUCAUGGAGGUCGACCAGUUAAUUCAAAUUCCCUCGCUUUUCUGGUUACAGUUCUUUUGUUGUUUAUGAUUCUCAAUUCGCAUCAGAUGCCUCCUAACUUCCUGCUGUGGCUUGUGCUUGGGGUGUUUUUGAUGGCAACGACACUUAGGAUGUAUGCGACUUGCCAACAACUACAAGCUCAGGCUCAGGCUCAUGCUGCAGCAGCUAGUGGCCUAUUCAGCCACACUGAGCUCCGGUUGCAUGUGCCUCCUUCCAUUGCUCUUGCAACGAGAGGGCGUCUUCAAGGACUUAGGCUCCAACUGGCUCUUCUUGAUCGGGAGUUUGAUGACUUAGAUUAUGAAACUCUAAGGGCACUUGAUUCUGAUAAUGUUUCCACAACUUCUAUGAGCGAGGAAGAGAUAAAUGCACUUCCAGUACACAAGUACAAGGUGUUUGAUCCUGAAAAUGGUUGCUCUUUGUCAAAGCAGGCAUCGACCUCAUCCUCGGCUGAGAAGAUGCAAGAUUCUGUCAGUGGAAAUGAAAAAGGAACAGAAGACGAGCUCACUUGUAGUGUUUGCUUAGAACAAGUUAAUGUAGGGGAAAUUGUUCGCACCUUACCCUGCUUGCAUCAGUUUCAUGCAGGCUGUAUCGAUCCAUGGCUUAGACAGCAAGGAACAUGUCCCGUCUGUAAAUUCAGAGCUCAUUCGGGAUGGCAAGAGCAAGGCGGGAUCGACAAUGAUGAUGAUGAUGCUUCCGACAUGGUUUAA